AUGGACUCCGCCUACGAUCAUAUCCAGGAGGAGAGCUACCCGCAGGACCCCACCAAGCAGUCGUCGGCCAGCGGAGAUAACACCCACCAGGAGACGACCAACAACUUCAACGCCGAGUUCCAGGAUGCUUACAAAGCUAUAUCGAGCAGUCCGUGGGCGGCGCGCUUGGGAGGCUUUUUGGGCAACGUGAGGAAGCAGGGCGAGCAAUACUAUGAUAACGCGAGCAAGCAGUAUGCGCCAUUGACCAAGAACGCCUCAGCUAGUGUUUCCAACAUCAUCAGCCACGCGCGAAAGAUCUCCCUCCAACCCGCCGACGCUUCAUCCUCCAAGUCCGCACCCACCGAGAGAGACGCUUCUGCCGAGAAAGCAAAGGAAGACACGGAAGCCCACCCCGACCGUCCUGAGUCCCUUGCCGCAGACAUUGUGAAGGAAGCAGAAGGCAUACUAUCGCGCUUCCGCUCCGAGGCCGCAAAAAGGCUCAAGGACGUCGAAAAGGCAGAAGACGCAGCUGACGAAGCACUCCUCAAAUUCGGCAGCAAUAUCCGUAACUUCCUCCGCGACGCCGUCACCAUCGCGCCUCCCGAAGCCGGCUCCGAAGCUGACAAGAACGGCGAGGUACUUUUCGAAUCAAAAGAUAGCAGCGGCAAGAAGGUUGUGCAUGCCACGCGCUUCGAUGCCCAACUCCACGUUAUCCACUCUACACUCGAUUCCUUCCUCAAAGAUCCUGCAAGUCCUGAAUGGGAGAAGUGGAAGGCGGCGUUUGAUGUAGACAAGAAGACCGAGGCCAUUGCUAAGGAUCUGGAGAAGCAUGAGGAACUGAGGAGUGCAAUGGAGAAGUGUGUUCCGGAGAAGGUCGAAUAUAAGGUCUUCUGGUGCAGAUACUACUUCCUCCGCCAUGUUAUUGAGAGUGAGGAGCAGAGGAGGAGGGAAAUGCUCAAGGGUAAGCUUAUCCCAUGGGUUCCAAGAAGGGAUGUAGCGCUAACUUCAUUCUUCACAGCAUCCACACCCGCCGCCGACGAAGAAGUAGCCUGGGACGAGGACUCGGAAGAAGAAGAGGAAGAAGAAUCAGACGACGACGACGAGGAAGACGAAGAGGAAUCUUCCGACGAGGAAGAAGACUCUGAUGAUGACUCGGACGACGAUAACGCUACUGUCACCAAGCCAGCACCGCCCAAACCUACUACUACAACAGCCGCCGCUCCUUCCACGACUACGAAACCAACUCCCGCUACCAGUACACCAAAACAAGACCUCGCCGCAUCUGUCAAGACCCUCAAGCCUACCGAUGAAACAAGCAAACCUGCCACAACACCUGCAUCAGCACAGCCCCGUCGAUCAAACGACGAGAAGAGCGUGGCGGAUAGUGACGCGAGUUAUGAUCUAGUGUCUGGAACAACCACCAGGGCGCCGGGGAGUCCACAGGAGGGUAAGAAGAAGGCCGUGGCUGAGGAGAGUGAUGAGGAGGAAGAUUGGGAGUAG